ACGAUUUAUCCAAAUUUUUAUUGUUUCUGACGUUUAUAUAGAAAAUUUUGAGUGAGAAUCAGUAAUAAGCCAUCUGAACAAUACUAACAAAUUAAUAGAAAAUCUGAUGAAUUUGGAGUUUUUCAACAAAAAAAUUUGCAUUUUGGUAUCACAAAUAUUUAUAUGAACAGGAGGGCACCAUAAAUUAGUAACAACGAAUGCGGUGAAAAACUACAAUUAAUAAUAACAAGUUGCAUCGUCAUCAUCGUUCUUAUAUAGUUGUCACAAUAAGAGUUUAGCUGAUACCAUCGUUAUUGGACAAAUGCCUUACAUUAUCAUACGCGGCAAUUUAGCAUCGUACAGCCAUAAAUACCCCUGGCGUGUCUUGGUUUCCGGCCUAAAAGCGGAUGAAAUUGAGCAAUUGAAUAAAUUUUCAUGUGGCGGUUACAGUGAUGAGACAACAAUAGUUUAUCUGGUGCAUCCAUGUCGAAUCUUAUCAGCGCUUGAGAUUUUAGGUUUUCGUGUGGUCGCUUCCUCAUCAACAUCCGUUAAGCAGGACUACAACGAGUAUAUGUGGACUAUGCGAAAAGAGUUCCACGAACCAGAGCCGCUAGAAACCGAAUCCGUUGUGCGUGAGAAUCUUUCGAAUAUAGGACGCGAAGCAGCUGGUUUGGGCAACUAUCACAAAGUUGACUCGCCUGAAUAAGAAAUUCAAUAAACUGAAAGCGAAAUUACAAACGAAAACUAGUUAAACUAAUGAACAUUAAAACACACAUUGGAAAUAUACAUACAAAAAACUGAAAACAAAAUUCAAAAGAACCUUGAAAGUAAAAAAUUAUAAAUAUUUAGUGAAAAUGGAUCAACAUGACGCGGAUAA